AUGAAGGGGAAAUUGUGGUUGAUUGCUUUACUUUUGGUUCUCUCUUUGGUGAUUUCCUCUUAUGGGGUUUCAGCUCAGCCAUACGAACUCCGCAAGCUCAUCGGAGUUAUAGGAGCACGGCGUAGUACAUCACCACCAGCGGACCAAUGUUGCUAG